AUGGGAAAUUGGCUCGAUACCUUGUUUAGAAAGAAAGAAGCGCGUGUUCUGAUGAUAGGUCUUGAUGCAGCAGGAAAGACAUCUAUUCUCUACAAACUGCGUCUUGGGGAGAACGUGACAACAAUACCCACUAUCGGGUUCAACGCGGAGAGAGUCGACUUCAAAAACCUUCACUUCAACAUCUUCGACAUUGGUGGACAGGACAAGAUUCGUCCACUGUGGAGACACUAUUACAGCGGCUCAAAUGCCAUCAUAUUCGUGUUGGACUCCAACGACAGAGAACGUCUUUCAGAAGCGAAAAGUGUGUUACAGACAGUACUCAACUCAGAUGAGUUGAUUGGUGUUCCCCUUCUUGUGUUUGCCAACAAACACGAUCUUCCACAAGCGCUUUCAGUGUCCGACAUAGUCAGUGGGCUUGGUCUUCAAUACGUCAAAGGGAGAGAGUGGUUUUGUCAGAAUUCAUGUGCCACGAAUGGUGAUGGGCUUUAUGAGGGCUUAGACUGGCUAUCAUCCAAAAUUAAGUGA